GAGAAAAGUACUCGUUUAUUUUAGCUUCUGUUGAUGCUGUAGUUUUGACGGAGGCUUCGUCCCUGUUGCUGUUUUUCCAAGGAAGAUGGCGGCUCCCGAGCAACCGCUGCCGAUCUCGAGAGGAUGCCCGAGCUCCACUUCGCUUUCCCAGCUGCGGGGCGACAGAACCCUUUUGGUGAGGCACCUGCCAGCGGAGCUGACCGCCGAGGAGAAGGAAGACUUGCUGAAGUACUUCGGCGCGCAGUCGGUGCGCGUCCUGUCAGACAAGGGACGACUGAAACAUACAGCUUUUGCUACUUUCCCUAAUGAAAAAGCAGCUAUAAAGGCAUUGACAAGACUCCAUCAGCUGAAACUUUUAGGCCAUACUUUGGUUGUUGAAUUUGCAAAAGAGCAAGAUCAAGUUCACUCUCCAUGUUCCACUUCAAGCAAUGAAAAAAAGAAAAGGUCUGAGGAACCUGUGGAAGACGAUAAAGAAAAGAAAGAGCUUGGUUGUUUAACAAUAGAAAAUGGAAUUGCACCAAACCAUGGACUGACUUUUCCUCUAAAUUCAUGCCUCAAGUAUAUGUACCCACCACCUUCAAGCACAAUCCUAGCAAACAUAGUAAAUGCUUUGGCAAGUGUGCCCAAAUUCUAUGUUCAGGUGCUUCAUCUCAUGAAUAAAAUGAACUUGCCCACACCUUUUGGACCAAUUACUGCACGACCUCCCAUGUAUGAAGAUUAUAUGCUAUUGCAUGCACCUCUUCCACCCACAUCUCCUCAGCCACCUGAGGAACCACCUUUGCCAGAAGAAGAUGAGGAAUUAUCCAGUAAAGAAUCUGAAUAUGAAAGCAGUGAUGAUGAGGACCGACAGAGAAUGACCAAACUAAUGGAACUAGCAAAUCUUCAGCCCAAAAGACCAAAAACAAUAAAGCAGCGCCAUGUGAGAAAAAAACAAAAAAUAAAGGAUAUGUUGAAUACACCAACAUCUGCGUCACACAGCAAUUCACAUCCUGUGCUAUUACCUUCGGAUGUUUUUGACCAACCACAACCUGUAGGUAAUAAAAAAAUUGAAUUCCAUAUAUCCACCAACAUGCCAGCGGCGUUUAAGAAAGAUUUAAAGAAGGAACAAAAUUCUGAGGAAAAAAAUUGUGAUUUACCUGCUACUGAAGUUGAUGCAUCUAAUAUAGGAUUUGGAAAAAUCUACCCAAAACCUAAUAUGAACAUCACAGAGGAGAUUAAAGAAGACUCUGAUGAAAUGCCAUCAGAAUGUAUUUCUAGAAGAGAGUUGGAAAAGGGCAGAAUUUCUAGAGAAGAAAUGGAAACACUUUCAGUUUUCAGAAGUUAUGAACCUGGUGAACCAAACUGUAGAAUUUAUGUAAAGAAUUUAGCUAGACAUGUUCAAGAAAAGGACCUUAAAUAUAUUUUUGGGAGAUAUGUUGAUUUUACAUCAGAAGCACAGCGGAUAAUGUUUGAUAUACGCUUGAUGAAAGAAGGUCGCAUGAAAGGACAAGCUUUCAUUGGACUUCCAAAUGAAAAAGCUGCUGCAAAAGCCUUAAAAGAAGCUAAUGGAUAUGUUCUUUUUGGAAGACCUAUGGUGGUUCAGUUUGCUCGGUCUGCUAGACCAAAACAAGAUUCUAAAGAAGGAAAAAGAGUUAAAAAUUAGUAAAGAAGCAUUCCUGAAAAACGUAAAUACUGCUGUAUUACUGUCAUGCAAAGCGUAUCCUUUCUUGUUGUAUCCUUUUUGGGGCAGUGUUUUUUUGUUUUUCUCCCCCUCCCCCUGAAAUGUUUUGUCCCUCCUCUACCCAUUAUUCAGAUUAAGCAACACUUUUUUAUACUUUAUUCAAAUGACAUAUUUUCUAAAAUUAUUUGUGUAGAUGGAACAAAUUUUUUAUGUGCUUUUUAGAUUUGUUGUUGAAUUUUCUGUGCUGUCCUUUUAGGUUAUAUGAUUUUUCUAAGGAAAGUUAGUGAAUCAGGUCAAUUUAUGUACUUGGAGAAUGUGUAUGUUUGCUUUAACACAGAAUGUGGUCUUGGCAUUUGUGUCGUUCCUAAACUUAAUUCUGUAAUAUGAUUUCUGUUUUAUGAUAUAUCUGGUUUAGGUGUCAUUUGUGUUAUAAAAUUUGAUUGGGGAAAUGAGUUUUUUAUAAAAGCACAUACAUUAAAAAUUAAAAUAACUGGAUUUCUAUGUAAGAGAAGAAGACCUCAUCUGAGGUCUUACUAUUAAAAUCUCCUUUGACAUAGAUAUGAAGUAGAAGUACCUUCCUUUUUUUUUUCCUUUUCUAAACAGAAAAGAUUAAAAAAAGAGAGAGAUAAACAAAUAAUAACAUAGGAGAGAAGCUAUCAUGUUGACUCAGGAGAGCACAUUAAGUGAAAAGAAACUAUCCUGAUUAAUGUAGAAAAGUGCUUCAGAAAGUUCAUAGAAAAGUUGAAUUAAAGAGGUUUUUUGGUGCAAAAAAUUUGAGAUCCACAUGUAAUUUUUUAUAAUACACAUUUUUCAUCAGCUUUUUGAGCUUCCCUUGUAUAAGGAUAGUGGGUUCUAUGGGCCAGCUCAUGGUCUGGUGGAUAAGGCAGCUGAAUCUCAUAUGCCAAUGGUACAGUUGGAAUCCCAGCCACCACAGCCUAGGAAAACACAUCAGACUUGUGUGUGUGCCCAGAAUCCUGACAAGUAGAGAAAAAAAUAAGAAGGCAUUGCUGUGUGACCAUGCCCAUUUGAGGAUAUUAUCUCCCUCUCUCUCUCUGCCUCUCUGUCUCUGGCAAACUCACAUGCUCUCUGGCAAAUUAAAAUAAAUAAGAAAAGUGAGUCCCAGACUGUUAACCAAAAUCACCCAAAACAAUGGUUUUUAAAUCCUAACCACUCAUUGGAAUGCUGUGGGAACUUUUAAAAAACACUUAGUCAAAAACAAAUCUUAAAAAAUAUAUUGAUGCUUAGUUUUCUCCAACAGAAUUUCAGUUUAAUUAGUUUGGAAUGCAGCAUGAAUGUUAGAAUUUUUCAAACUUCUCAAAGUGAUUGUAAUGUGCAACCAAGUAGAGAACCACUAACAAGUGUUUUUAUGUAUAAAGAUUCUUAGACUCUCACCCAGAACCAAGAAAUCAGAAUCUGUGAGAAUUGAGUAUAAUAACCUAAUUUAGAAAAGAUUUUGUUAAGACUGACCAGUUUGGAUGCUACUUUA